AUGGCAUUGUCUGAUGGGACGGGGUUGCCAGGCCCCAAAAACAAGACCUUUCCGGUUAUUCGAGUGUUUAGUUGUUACUACAGUAUUGGGGAUCUAUCUACUGACGGUAUUGUGUGUAUUGCUGCCUGUGCAGCCCCGAAUUACAUUUUACUGACGACACCGGAAGAAAUAGCUCAACGACCUGACAGCGAGAAAGCAAACCGCGAAGCGAUAAUUGCGAAGCCAAGAAACCUUGUGAAGAUGUUAUGA